AUCAUAGAAGAGAUCAGAAAAGAGAGAGAGAGAAUGAUGAUCAUCCCUCCAGGGUUUCACUUCGCGCCCACCGAUCAAGAACUCAUCACUUUCUACCUCUCAAGAAAGGCGAUGGGCCUGCAUCUGCCAUGGAGUCCCGUGUUGGAGAAGACCAUUUACGGUGAAAAAGCAGAUCCAUGGGAUGUUUUCGCCGACGUUCCAUGGGAUACUUCCGUCAGUACUGGAGAGGGCAAGGGAUGCAAGAACGUCAAGAGUGUCAUCUACGUUUUCACCAAGUUGUCGAAAGUUAAUGGCAAGACCCGGAUUGCAAGAACUGCAGGGUGUGGUACGUGGGACGGCCAAACUGGUGGAAGAGAAAUAUACAACAAUUCCCGACAACUAAUCGGCCUGAUGAAGAUGUUUAGCUUUACUGUGAAGAAAUCUCCUCGUGAUGGCAGAAAACAACGUGAUCACUGGAUCAUGCACGAGUAUUCGCUUGCCGGGGUUUCGUUGAACUGUGAGUUGCCAUACAAGGACUAUGUGAUUUGUAGGAUCACGAGAUCGUCGAAGGAAUCGGUUCGUGGAGAAUGUUCGAGUUUGAGUACAUGUGGGGAGAAUCAAUUGUCGAACGAUAAUGAGUUGUGGAAAAAAAGAUCAGCUGCACAACCCCAAGAAGUUACAAGUCAAAAGAAGCAGAAGGUGGACAGCACGAGCCUGCAUGUACUGGAAGAGAGAUCAACUACUUACGUCGGCCCUUCUGGUGAUAACUUCGCCUGGACGCCAGAUUUUGGUUAUGCCAAUGCGGGAGCGCCACAACAGCUCCCUAUGCCGGUUGAUGGAUGCUUGAUGCCUCAGCAUGAUCAGCUCGAUGGACAGGACUGCUCAUAUCAAGAAGAUGACUCUUUGCUUGAUCUUCUUUUGGAGUUGGAGGAUAAAGAUGGAUCCUUGUUCGACUUUCAUUUGGAUGACGAAGAUGCAUCUGGAUCCUUGUUCGACUUUCAUUUGGAUGACGAAGAUGCAUCUGGAUCCUUGUUCGACUUUCAUUUCGAUGACGAAGAUGCAUCUGGAUCCUUGUUCGAUCUUAGUUCUUAA